AGAAACCGAUUAAGAGUAGGGCGGGACAUGACUUUGCUAUCCUAGAAAAAAAAAUACUCGCGUACAGUGAAGUGCAGCGAGUUUUCUCGUUUGUGAGAAAGACUUUGACCGUGUAACGUUAGUUUCGUGUUGAAAAACGAAUGAACUUAAAAUAUUUACUUCGGAAACACUAGAAUCGCUGGUAUGUUUUUUCGUCAGAUUUUAAGGACGCAGUUAAUCGGGACAAGAACGCCUCUUCUCAAGCGGUUGCACCGUGUUUGUCAAACCGAGAGGCCACUGUGCUCCAAAAGUGACGAGGUGAGGCUGGCAGAGGAGGCAAGCAAGAAGUAUGGCUCCCCAGCUCCUACCAUCUUCUCCAAAGUGAUUGACAAAAGCAUCCCUGCAGAUAUCAUUUAUGAAGAUGAGAAGUGUUUGGCAUUCAGGGAUAUCAGCCCACAGGCCCCUGUUCACUUCCUGGUUAUUCCAAGGGUCCCUAUUCCCAGGAUUAGUGAGGCCAAAGCUGAUGAUGUAGAGCUCUUAGGACAUUUGUUGGUUGUUGCCAAAAAUGUGGCAAAGCAAGAAUCUCUAAAUGAAGGAUACAGAGUUGUGAUCAACGACGGAAAGCACGGUGCUCAGUCAGUUUACCACCUUCACAUCCACGUCCUGGGAGGAAGACAGAUGACAUGGCCACCAGGAUAAUGGUUUCAUGAGUCUGUUAGUCUUUUCAGGCUUCUUUUAUGCAUUUAAUCCCAAGAGCAUGGAAUGAUAUCUGAUGAGUGUAGUUCAUGUUCUCAUUCAAUCCUUCUGUACAAAAACUCACUUCACCAUGGAAAAAAUGUAAAUAUCU